CCAAAGAAGGAAGAGACUGCCAGUUUACGAACAUAAACAAUUUUGACAGGGACAAUGCACACUGCCACCUUAGAACUGAAUAACCAUCAUUAUCCUCUCACACUUCUGCCCAACUGAGAUAGCUCUUAACACUCCCAACACUCUAUAUAUAGAGGGUGUGAGGCACUUCAAGUUUCAUCCCAGAGACGAGUGCUUUCUGUUUCUCUUUGUUCUUUUCUAAGUUUUCUCUCAGAGCAAGAAAAUGGUGGGGACUGAUCUCAGGCAGCAGCUCAGGAACUACAUCCAGUCCUCCCAUGAGCAGGGGAUAUUGGACGAGACUUUUGAUCGUGUGAAAAAUCUAGAAAGUGAUGGCAAUCCUCAAUUCCUUUCGGAGAUUUUCUCCAUGUUCUGCCAUGAUGCGGAAAAUGGCAUAGCUGAACUCGCCAGAUUUCUGGAUGAGCCUGUUAUAGACUAUGAAAAUGUGAGUGCUUUUGCUCACCAACUGAAGGGAAGUAGCUCGAGUGUUGGUGGUAAUCGGAUGGUCCUUGCCUGUUGUGAGCUUCGACAAGCUUGCAGCAACAAGACAAAGGAGGGAUGCUUUGAAGCCUUUGACAAGGUCAAACGCGAAUACUGCAUUCUACGCGACAAUCUGAAUUUCAUUGCUCAGAUGGAGAAGACUAUCCUUACCAACGAGGCUAGAAGGAGAAGCCAGUAGAGAGCUGGCCGGUUGCAUCUGCCCAAGACUAAGUAUCUUAUAAUAUAUGCUGUCCCUUAAGAAUUAAAUAAAUUCACUAUAAGUGAAUAUGGUUGUCUGUCUGUCUGUCUGAGAGUUGUUCAGAGACUUGUUCUGCAAUGUGUUUGAACAUCUCUACUGUCUGUUUCAGCUGUUGCUUAAGAAUAUAAAACUGCUACCUUUCUUAUUA